AUGGACUCGCCAGCCAGUUCAAACCAAGGCCGUGAAGGCGGGCCGCGCAAGUAUGCCUUCAACCGCGAGGGCGCUCGCGAACGAGAAAUGCACCUCUACCUCCCCUACUGGGGCUUCUCCGACUCCGAAAAGUUCGCCCAGCAGUCGACCGGAACACAUCCGAACGUGUCGCGGGACAAUGUCCUUACCGUCUUCGCACAGCUGGCCGCUCUGCGGAUGCACGCUGCGCGUGCUCUCAUCUCCCUGUUUGACAAGACAACGCAGCAUGUCGUUGCGGAGGCUACGCCAGAUCUGAGUCUGCGGGCUGCCGACGGUCGCGACCGAACAGAUGCGCUGUGGCUGGGGGUGCGCCGGCUGCCGCGCAAGAAGGUGACCAUGUGCUAUCAUGCCGUCAAGUCGUUUAUCGACGAGGGACGGGAUAUAUUCGUGGCGAAUGAUUUGACGAGCGACGACCGGUUUAAGAAUCAUCCCUCGGUCACCGGCCAUCCACACAACCGGUUUUAUGUCUCGGUGCCUAUCACCUCGCCGGAUGACUAUGUCAUUGGGAGUCUGGCGGUGCUGGAUGAUCGACCGCGGGACGGCGUUACCGAGGACCAGGCACAUCUUCUCAAGGAGCUCUCGGCGACCAUCAUGGAUCAUCUGCUGUGUCAGCGAGCGAUGCGGGAGGAGUACCGUGAAGAGCGGAUGGUGCGUGCGCUCGGUUUGUUCGUCAAAGGCAAGUCCGAUCUCAAUGAGUGGUUCGACAGUGGAGAUGCUCGGGAUCAGAAAUACGGGGGGCAGUUUACUGCUUUGAACAAGAGGUUGGAGAAGCUACAGGCCACUGGGCCUAGAAAGGAGGAUGGCAUGGACGGCAUAGACGGCAUGGAUGGAAUGGAUGGCAUUGAUGGCAUGGAUAACGACGGCAUGGAUGGCAUGCAUGACAAGGAUAACGAUGGCAAGGAUGACGAUGCUGGCAAUGGCCAGGACAAAGAUAUGCCACAGGUUGGCUCAAAGCACAAUCAUGGCAAGCAAGGAUCCCCCAUCCAAAGAUUUAAACAAGGUGGAGAGGAUGAGUCAGACUCACAAGAAGAGAAAGACGGCAAGUCCGACGCAAAGAGUCGCAAAAAGGCGCGACCAACGCUCUCCCCCACUACCAGCCAGUUGCAGGAUUCCCUAGCCCCCAGCAACGUCCGGUCCGUAGUCAACCGCGCCGCUUCGAUGAUCUACCAGGCCCUCGAUGUCGAAGGCGCCAUGUUCAUCGAUGCCAGCGUGUAUGCACGACGGCAGACAGUGGGAUUCACCGAAUCAAAACUUGAUAACCCUGAAGCUGACAAUGGUCAGCAAUCCCCGGACACCAAUGGCGGAGAGGAGCAGGGCCCACCGACGUCCAACCCUGAGUCUCGUUCCGAUACCGACACUUCAGAUGACGACUCGCAGUCCCGAAGCCUGGUGCUCGGUCAUUACACCUCAAAUACCUCCGAGGCAGGAGUCAACCUGAGCGACAGCCAUUACGUCUCGCUAUCGGGUAGUUUUGUCAACCAUCUCAUCGACCAGUAUCCCCGGGGUAAGAUCUUCCAUAUCGAGGAAGAUGGGUCCAUUUCCCUGAGCUACGAGGGCCUCGCCGAUGAUAUGAAUUACUCCCGGACAGGGAGCCGUGGAGCAAUGUCGACGGAGCCAGAAAAGAAGGAUAUCCAGCAGGAGACAAAGGACAUCAAGCAAAUGAUGAAGAUUCUUCCGGAUGCGCGAUGUAUCGCCGUCUAUCCCGUCUGGGACUUCCAGCGGGGCCGCUGGUUCACUGUCUGCGUGGUAUGGACCAAUGACCCAGGCCGAGUGUUGUCGGAACCCAAGGACUUGACGUACCUGGCGGCCUUUAGCAACACCGUCAUGGCCGAGGUGUCCCGGUUGGACUUGGAGGCGGCCGACCGAGCCAAGAGCGACUUCAUCUCGUCCAUCUCGCACGAGCUGCGGUCCCCUUUGCAUGGGCUUCUCGGCACGGUCGAGUUGCUCCAGGAAAUGGUGAACAGCUAUGCUCAAAAGUCCCUCAUUGAGACGGUCUACAGCUGCGGCCGUACAUUACUGGACACAUUGAACCACCUCCUGGAUUACGCGAAGAUCAAUACGCUCACUCGUCCGCGUCCGUCAGACAAGGCUGGCGUGCCUGGGUCCAGGGAUGUGUCCAAGCCCCAGACCGCUGUUCCUGGCUCUCUUCAGGACGAGAACCUCAGCGUGCUAGCACAAGAGGUCGUGGAGGGUCUUCUUGCCGGCGCAGAGUACCAGCGUCGCGGCGCAAACGGGGAUAGUGACGCGCUAGCCAAGAAGGAGGAUCUCGGCCCGAAGAACCGUCUCAUCACGAUCGUCGAUAUUGAGUGGCAGGACAGCUGGCGGUUCAGUAUAUAUGCCGGUGCCUGGCGCCGAGUGAUCAUGAAUCUCUUCGGCAAUGCGCUCAAAUACACCCAGGCGGGCUACAUCCGGCUGCGGAUGAGACGCGAUAGCUUGCUAGUGGAUGGCAAGAAAAUCCCCGCGAUCCGUAUGACGUUCAGUGACUCGGGCCGCGGCAUGUCCAAGGACUUUCUCACAAAUCAUCUCUACAGCGCCUUUCUGCAGGAGGACACGACCUCCCCGGGUCUAGGAGUCGGUCUGCAUCUGGUCCAUCAAAUCGUCAAGUCUCUCAAAGGACAGAUCAAGUUCAACAGUGAAGUGGGUAAGGGAACAGACGUCGACGUUGUGCUGCCUAUCGAACUGCCAGAGGUGUCCGCUCCUCCCUCGCCUCGCUCAUUUGCCCCCUUGAAGGAUCAACUGAGCGGCAUGACGGUUUCACUUUUCACGCGCAGCUCCAAGUUGGGCGACCUCGGAUUCGACCCUCGGAUUUUCGACCGCAUCCGGAGCAGCCUUGGGCGCAUGGUGUCCGGCUGGUUUGGACUCCGCGUCCUGACGCCCGACGAGCUCGAUUCCACCAGGCCAGAUUUUGCCAUUGUGACGGAACAUGAGUACCGGAACUACUAUAUCGAAGGGUCGAACGAGCCCAAGCCAGACAGUGGGGAGAUCCAGCCUGCUCUCCCGUUGAUUGUUCUCUCCGCCCGAACGAGUAGCUGGAAGACAUUGGGAGACAGCGUCGAGGAUUCGGUCAUUUUCCUCACCCAACCGGUGAGCCCGAAAACACUGGCCACGGCGUUUGAGCAUUGUCUGGGCCAGCCAGAGCGAUCGAGCAGUUGCUCGCCCCGGAAGCAGCCAUCACCCGUGCCGCCUGUGGAGGACGCGAUUCCAGACAUUAAUAAAAUGUUCGAGGGCAGGGUGAACGGAGAGAAAGACCGGGUCCUAGAGCCUGUCCUUGGACGGACAGUCAACGGUGAAGCCGGGCAGAAGAACGUUGAUGGACAGGAGGACAGGAAAGAAGCGAAAAAUAUCCUUCUCGUAGAGGAUAACCAAGUCAAUCUGAAGAUCAUCGAAAUGUGCGUUAAGACCGCCGGGUUCACCUACGACACGGCAAAGAACGGGCUCGAAGCAUUGGAAAAGUUCAAGGCGGGUACAUACAACGCGGUCGUCAUGGAUAUUUCUAUGCCGGUUAUGGACGGCCUGACGGCCACGCGGCAGAUGCGCGGGUUCGAACGAAAGAAGAAGCGUCCCGCGACCACUAUUAUCAUCUUGACUGCUGUCCUCUCCGCGUCGAUGCAGCACGAGGCCAUGAUGAGCGGGGUGAAUCUGUUCCUGACCAAGCCCACGCCGCUGAAGCAACUCAAGGAGAUCCUGCGGAAUCUGUCGGAUGGGAAGGACGUGUCGCAAAAUUAG